GCACCCAAUGUGGCCGUGGCUUGCGCAGGAAGGAACGUUAGCGAUAGCUGCUCAAGUCACCCGUCCGCCGGGAGUUUCACUCUAGUUGCAACCAGUCGGCUUAAACCGUAAACAGGAUGAAGUGUGCCCCUCUUCUCGUUUGCCUCCUGUUCGCUGUCUGCGCCCACGCCGGGAACGUUACGGACUCCAACCGCUACUUGGACCACCUACUUUUCAACACCUUCCCUCGAUUCGGUGGCCUCUCGGAGGGCGUCCUCAUCGGCUUCAACUUCAGGAUCAGGAGGACAUUCUUCACCAAUCGUAACCUGAUAGUGCAGUUCAGCAACGGCAAGGUUACAGGUCUCCUCCCGCCCUUGGGUCUUAAGAGGCUGGGGGACUGUUCAGCUCCAAUGUGGCAACUGGGCAACAUCACGGUCUCCUGCUACGUGAGCUUGGAUGGUCUCACGGCUGCGUACAGCGGUACUUACAAAGGGGAUAGCUUAAAGGGUCAAGUGAAGGACCUCACCGUUCAAGGUGAUCUGAAGGGUGCGAUGGCGUACCUCGAGAUUACAGGCAGCGUAGGAGCUUCACCGUUGCUGAAGUCAUGGAGUGUUCCGCCAUUCAAUCUUCAACUCACCCUGUCCAGAACGCCGGAUCUGAACAGCGAACGCAGGCAGUCGUUCGACAGGGAACUCGAAAGCAACGUCAAGCACGCCCUGAAUUUAUUCCUUUACGGCCAAUUGCAGUACGCACUGGCGAACGCUGUUCGGGUCGACCCCUUGCCAAUGCCUUGAAGUUGAAGAGAUGACAACAGAUGUCCAAAUAAAAGCGUGAUACUGCCA